GUCUUCCCACUUUAUCUCAACUGGUCAAAAGAAUGGAUUUUACAGAGGCUUACUCGGACACGUGUUCUACAGUUGGACUUGCUGCCAGGGAAGGCAAUAUUAAAGUAUUGAGGAAACUGCUCAAAAAGGGUCGCAGUGUUGAUGUUGCUGAUAAUAGGGGAUGGAUGCCAAUUCAUGAAGCAGCGUAUCACAACUCUAUAGAAUGUUUGCAGAUGUUAAUUCAUGCAGAUUCUUCUGAAAACUACAUUCAAACAAAGACGUUUGAGGGCUUCUGUGCAUUACAUCUUGCUGCUAGUCAAGGACACUGGAAGAUUGUACAGAUUCUUAUAGAAGCUGGGGCAGAUCCUAAUGCAACUACUUUAGAAGAAACUACACCAUUGUUUUUAGCUGUUGAAAAUGGACAGAUAGAUGUUUUAAGGCUGCUGCUUCGACAUGGAGCAAAUGUUAAUGGAUCCCAUUCUAUGUGUGGAUGGAACUCCUUGCAUCAGGCUUCUUUUCAGGGAAAUGCUGAAAUCAUAAAAUUGCUUCUUAAAAAAGGAGCAAACAAGGAAUGCCAGGAUGACUUUGGAAUCACACCUUUGUUUGUGGCUGCUCAGUAUGGCAAGCUAGAAAGCUUGAGCAUACUUAUUUCAUCGGGUGCAAAUGUCAAUUGCCAGGCCCUGGACAAAGCUACUCCCUUGUUCAUUGCUGCUCAGGAGGGUCACACAAAAUGUGUGGAGCUUUUGCUGUCCAGUGGGGCAGAUCCUGAUCUUUACUGUAAUGAGGACAACUGGCAGUUACCUAUUCAUGCAGCUGCACAAAUGGGCCAUACAAAAAUCUUGGACUUGUUAAUACCACUUACUAACCGCAUCUGUGACACUGGACCAGACAAAGUGAGCCCUGUUUACUCAGCAGUGUUUGGAGGACAUGAAGAGUGUCUUGAACUACUACUCCAGAAUGGCUAUAGCCCAGAUGCCCAGAUGUGCCUGGUGUUUGGAUUCAGUUCUCCCAUGUGCAUGGCUUUCCAAAAGGACUGUGAGUUCUUCGGAAUUGUGAAUAUUCUUUUGAAAUAUGGAGCCCAGAUAAAUGAACUUCAUUUGGCAUACUGUCUGAAAUAUGAGAAGUUUUCAGUAUUUCGCUACUUUUUGAAGAAAGGUUGCCCUGUGGCACCAUGGAGCCAUAUAUCUGAAUUUAUAAGUCAUGCAGUUAAAGCACAAGCAAAAUAUAAGGAGUGGUUACCACAUCUCCUGCUUGCCGGAUUUGAUCCACUGACUCUUCUGUGCAAUUCUUGGAUUGACUCAGUCAACGAUGACACCCUUAUCUUCACUUUGGAAUUUACUAAUUGGAGAAGACUUCCAUCAGCUGUUGAACAGAUGCUCUCUGCUCGUGCCUCACAUUCCUCUUGGGUUUUACAGCAACGUAUUGCUCUCUGCUAUGGCCUGGGAAAGCAGUAGAAGAUGGCCCAAGUGCUUGGGCCCCUGCACCCGUGUGGGAGACCCAGAAGAAGCUCCUGGCUCCUGGUUUCGGAUCGGCACAGCUCCGGCCGUCGCGGCCAUCUGGGGAGUGAACCAGCGGAUGGAAGACCUCUCUCUCUGUCUCUACCUCUCUAUGUAACUGUCUUUCAAAUAAAUAAAAUAAAUCUUAAAAAAAAAAAAAAGAAAGUGAAGCUACAAGCCACAGAUGAUGCAUUAUGGAGAUGGUUGGUUUAUACAUUUUAUUUAUUGAUUUAAUUUAUUUGAAAGAGAGAGAGGGAGGUCUUCCAUCUGCUGGUUCACUCCCCAAUGGCUGCAAUGGUCAGGGCUUGGUCGGAACGAAGCCAGGAGUGAGGAGCUUCUUCCAGGUGUCUCCCACAUUAGUGUGGGGGCCCAUGCAGUUGGGCAGUCUUCCAUUACUUUCCCAGGAUCAUUAGCAGGGAGCUGGAUCAGAAGCAGAGCAGCUGGGACUUGAGCCAACACCCAUGUGGGAUAUCAGUGUUGCAGGUGACAGCUUUACCUGCUACACCAGGAUGCCAACCCCUGAUGUAUACAUUUUCAGUUAGAAUGUUUAAAAUAUGUGUGGUUUGGUCAACUGCUUUAAGGUAACUUUCCAUUAACUGACCAAUUAAUUGUUCUUGAUCUUACUGGGAAAGAGACAUCUUUAUACUUAACGAUUGAACUUAGCCUCUGCGCACCUUUGGAGAACUGACGUUCCCUUUGGGUACGAUCUCCAUGUGUAUCCCUGAUCAUCCCUCCAGGACUCCCUUUACCUGUUUUUUUGUUUUGUUUUGUUUUGUUUUUCCAAUUUUUCAAAUGAGAACAGUGAUUCCCCCUUUAAGCUUAUAGAAAAAGGUAAAGUUUAAAUAAGAUUUAGAUGUGAAAACACUGUGGAAAUGGAUGUAAUACUGUUGCAAAUGCCACAGUCUUGUUAUUUAUACUGACUCUGUGACUCAUUGGUCAAGAAAAUACCCAUCUUUUCUUAGACUCAUGUUUUAUUGCAAAAACAGAUAACUGGGACAGGCAAUGUGGCACAGCAGUCAAACCACUACUUGGGAUACCUGCAUCCCAUAUUGGAGUGCCGGGGUUCGUGUUGCACUUUUGCUUUUCAUCCAGCUUCCUUCUAAUGUGCACCCUGGGGGCAGCAGUUGAUGGCUCUAGUACUUGGGUCCCUGCCGCCAACAUGAGAGAUCCAGCUGGUAUUCUGAGCGCUUCCCUUUUUCCUUACCCACCCUUGGUUGUUGGGGGAGUGAACCAGCAGAUGGAAGAUCCUUUCUGUCUCUCUCCCUUUCAGAUAACUAGCUAACUAACUAAAUAAAUGUAAAGAACUUUUUCUUUCUUAUUUAGCAUUUUGAAACACUAAUUUGAGGAGGUUCUUAAAGUCUGAAUAAGCUAAACAAAAUUGAAGAUGUUAGAGAAUUAGCUCCUCUUAGUCCCACUAGUUAGUAUUUAAGGAGUUAAGUGUUUAAUUAAGUAUUUAAGUAGUAUUUAAGGAACCCUGGAUUUGGAGUCAGAGCAGCUGUCUGAUAUCAGCUGUGCUCUUGCCAGAACUUGUCUUUGAUGUUCUGAUCCUAGUCUGUUAACCAUUGCUACAUUUCACAGGGAUUUAUAAAAGAUUUCUUGUACUAACAAAAGGCUUUAUGUUUGUUUCACAUAAAAUAACAUUUUAGUACUCUCAGUUUUCAUCUUGGAAAAUGAAAUGGUUGUCCUGUGCUUCUUAAUUACAUGCAUGCAGAUUAUCCUUUAAAUUAGUAGUUAGCUAUUGGCUGCAGCAGCUUCAGCAAACAGUUACACAGCACAGAGGCACUGAGGUCAGGUAGAUCUUGGUUUGAAUGCUUACUCUGCCAUUCACUAGCUUUGUGGCCUUUGGAAACUUAAACUUUUUAAACUUCUCACAUCUAUAAUAGCAUCAUAGAGUUAAUGAAGAUGAAAAGAGACUAUGUGUGAAAUGCAUGGACAUAUGGUAUAGAAGGCACUCAGUAAAUGUUCUUUUUUUGUGCCAAUUUUAAAAUUUCAUUUUAUGUCAGAUAAAAAGAGGAGAACUUGCAAGCUGCAUAUCCAUUCACUUGAUGUGGUAGGUCAGAGACUGUUUACGAUGAAACAGACUAAAAGGGAUGUAGCAUUUGUUGCUUUGAGCUUCUAACAUUUCUAAAGUUAGUUCAUUCAUUUCUCAAGUGCCAGUUGUUAUUGUCAGAUCUUUAGAGUGUAAACAUUUAGUUUUGUGGCACUGGGUACUGUACUGACUUUGUGUGGCUGACAACUGGAGGGAAAGGAGCCAGGUGAAGGCUGUAGAAAAGGGUAAAUAUGGUUUGUUGUGGUCAUCAGGCCCAAGAAGUCUUUUUUCAGAGUAAGUCUAAGCAAUGUCUUAAUUCUCUGUUACUACACAGAAGUGGGGGUGUAGGGAGGGGGUGGUGUGUGUCUUCAUGUCUUAUUUCAAAUUUUUUACCUUGCCUUUUUUUUUUUUUUUUUUGAUUUGUUUCUCUAGCCUCUGUUCCGUCUCUGACCCACCUUUGCCGUUUGGAAAUUCGGUCUAGCCUAAAA